ACACGAGCCGAUUAUUUAUAGACUUCACACAGCCCACGGGCCAACACGGUCUUCAUACAAGAGCAGUAUGAUAACCAAAUCACGCCACACUAACACGAGGAUCUAUCACUGAAUCAUGGCUGCGACAGUAUUAUUCAGAUUCGGUGUCAUUCUCACUCCGGACUCUUCGGACCUGGAGGUGUUCGUCUCGGGUUCGCGUUCGGAAAUGGGCCGCUGGGACCCGGGGAGAGCGGUCCAGAUGAGACCCUCACAGAAGCUCCCGUCCCCGCACGAACCGUGUCUGUGGCUCGGCGACGUGCAGCUGGCGGAGCCGGUCAAAGACACACUGUGGUUCAAGUUCGUCAAAAGAGUCAGAGGCACUUACAUCUGGGAAGGCAGCGGUCCGAGCCACGACAGAUGCUGUUCGUAUGAUGACAGGAACAGGGUGGACGGAGUGUACUGCCACCCGAUUGGUCACUGGAUAGAGGAAACGGGACACACAGAUGAGAUGAAACACACCACUAACUUUUACUUCAAUGUGGCCGGUCAGAAGGCCAUACAUUUCUCCAGGGUGCUGCCUCGUGUUUGGCUGGGCAGCUGCCCUCGGCAAUUGGAACAUGUGACUGUAAAGAUGAAGUAUGAACUGGGAAUUACUGCAGUAAUGAACUUCCAGACGGAGUGGGAUGUGGUGAACAACUCCCAUGGCUGCAGGCGCAACGCUGGGGAAGCCAUGACCCCGGAGACUGUGAUGCAUUUGUACAAGGACUGUGGCCUGGUGUAUGUGUGGAUACCCACACCUGACAUGAGCACUGAGGGCCGGAUCAGGAUGCUUCCCCAGGCUGUAUUCUUGCUUCAUGGUCUCCUGGAGAACGGUCACACUGUCUAUGUUCACUGUAAUGCUGGAGUAGGCAGGUCGACGGCAGCUGUGUGUGGCCUGCUCAUGUAUGUCCUCGGCUGGAGCCUGAGGAAGGUGCAGUACUUUGUUGCAGCCAGGAGGCCAGCAGUGUACAUAGAUGAGGAGGCUUUAGUCCAGGCUCAGGCAGACUUCAUCCAGAAGUUCGGACAACUGCAGUCAUCCAUCUCUUACCCAGAGACGUGGCUCAUUGAAACAGAGUUUUUGAGACUGCAUGUGGUCAUCUGCUGGUUUGGACCCAGGAACUGCCUAACCAGUCCCCGCCCAUUUGGACUCCUUUUAUGGUCAAGUUUUUAGGGGAACCGACUUUACAAUAAAUAACACGGACCAGACCAGACAGGGAUUGCACUGGUAAGCCCAGAUUGAUUGUGCUAAAUGGAAGACGCAAGUUGACUUGGAGUAGAGCGUGAGGCUUCAUUUUAACUAAGAGCAAAACAGAAAGCUUGGAAACAUCUACAGGAAGUAGGCUGGAGAAGAGAAGAACGGAAGAACACGAAGAAUCACAGAAAAGCAAGAAGUUUAGCACCUCAGUUUGCUUCUAACCGGCAGACACUGGAAAUGCCAAUUAGAGAAAAUGAAAACAACGAAGGCUGAUGAUGGAUAGCUCCUGUACUCACUGGUGGAUAAUUGAAAGCAUUACUCCUUCAGUUAUUAUCAAAAAUUCAAGCAGGAGACUGUCUGUCUCAGCUCACAUACUGUGUUACAAAGCCAAAAGUAUGAGUUAGGAAUAUGAAUCAGAAGUGAUUCAGUAUUCAGUUAUUCACAAUAGAAAUGAUUAAGACGGGCUGAAUCUGAAGUGGCUGCCACCAGCUGUCAACUUGAUUCUCUACUUACCUUUCCUGUCUCUGUCUCUGUGGCUACUUUAUUAUUUCUGCUUAUACUGUAGAGUCAUUGCUUCUUGCCUUUGUGUUUUCUUCAGUUUUGCACAGUUUUCGCUUCAGUUUAGUUCCUAUUCUUUCUUUGCUGUAGCUUUCGAGUGAAAAAGUCACUCAGCCUUGUUUUUAGAAGGACCCCAAUGCAUUUCUAAGUUUAGUCAGAGGAGCUCACUAAGAAUCAUUGAGUAUUAAAGAUGACGUUAAAACAAGAAAAAAAAAAACAAUUGCAGCUUUUAGGUUUUCAAAAACGCAUGCACACUGCCAUACACACUCUUCAGUAACAAGUUAAAUGAGCAUAUCAAACCACUCAUACAAAACUCCCACCUACAUUAUUCACUGACAUCUUCUACCUUUCUGGUAGCAGUUUCCUGUACUUUUGACACAUGACAACUCCCCUUCCUCCCAUCAACCUGCCUGCUGAAUUUGACAGCUUCUUUAAAGACCUCUGUGAGUUGUCUUUUGAUCAUUAGAAACCCAUUUGUCAAAAAGAAUAUGCAUAUUCUAAAAGGAACUAGGGGAACAGCUGUAUCCCAAGUUUCCUGCUCUUGAAGGGGAAGCAGAUAAAGCACUAUAAGUACACUCGAAGUGGGGCGGUGUUGCCCAUAAACUUUCAGACUUACUGCAAAUGUGACUGCAAAGACAUGUAGACCCAUUCUUGCUUAUUGGAAUAUGUCAUCAUUAAGUUUUUUGCAGAUUCAUGAUCACAUCGACUAUGAAUGUUUGAAGACAAUUGCCAAUUGCAGAUAUCCCUGUUGAUUCAUUUAUUUUUUGAGCGAUGAGGCAAAUUACAUUUAUGUAUAAUCCACUGUCCUUAUUACAUUUAAAACUAGAAUAUAAUCACCUGUGACAGAAUAAAAAAGCGCUCGGCUCCUUCCAGUGUAUUUUCUGUGUGACAGAUGGCUCCUCCAGCGUUUGCUCACUACUCUUACAAACUGCUGAAAAGUCAUGUUUCAGGAAGGGGACUGUUAACUAGGCAUGAAUAAACUCAUGAUGUAAAUGAGCUCGAACC